AUUUGUAUAAACCCUAGUAAUCGUAAACCCGCGGGUUCCCUCCGAGCGAUAGGUGCUACUAACUCAACGCGGAAAGCGUAACCUUGGAGCUUGAGCAAUGGCGGCGAAGAAGCAGGACGACGGGAACACGAAAAAGAGAAAGCGACUCGACACUAAAACUCGGGAAUCUCCAUCUAAUUCCAAGACUUCCAAUCUCACUGCCUCAAAGAAGCACAAGCCACACUCUCUUGCCAAAGACACGAAGCAGCAGAAGCCUAUUCUUACUGGCCGAGAACGUCGUCUUCAGGCCAAGGAACUUGCGGAUGCCAGAAAAAAGAAGAGAAAGCGACAUUAUACUCUUGAGCAAGAGCUUGCACGUCUCUGGGAGAAAAUGAGACGUCAUGAAAUUGCUAAAGAGGACAGAGCUAAGCUAGUGACAGAAGCUGUGCAAAAGAUGAAGGGGAAGAUUCCAGAGAUUGCUGGCUCUCACAUUUCAUCUCGUGUUCUUCAAACUUGUGUCAAACAUUGUUCACAAUCUGAAAGGGAUGCAGUAUUUGAAGAGCUUUCUCCACAUUUUCUAAAUCUAGCAUACAAUGCCUAUGCUGUUCACUUGGUGAAGAAGAUGCUUGACAACGCCUCCAAGAAACAACUAGCAGGCUUUAUCUCAACACUCCAUGGUCAUGUUGCUCCUCUUCUUCGUCAUAUGGUUGGGUCAGUUGUUGUUGAGCAUGCUUAUGAGUUAGCAAAUGCUGCACAGAAGCAAGAACUGCUUUUGGAAUUAUACUCCACAGAACUUCAGUUGUUUAAGGAUCUAGUGUCACUGAAAGAGAGCAGAUUAUUAGAUGUGAUGUCCAAGUUGAAACUACAGAAAGGUUCAGUUUUGCGACAUAUGACGUCAGUGAUUCAGCCAAUUUUAGAAAAAGGGAUAGUUGACCAUUCUAUCUUACACAGAGUCUUGCUGGAAUAUUUUAGCAUUGCUGACAAGUCUUCUGUCACAGAUAUAAUCCAACAGUUAUCAAGUCCACUCAUUGUUAGAAUGAUUGGCACGAGGGAUGGAGCCAAAAUUGGAACUCUGUGUGUAAAAUAUGGAAAUGCUAAGGAAAGAAAGAAGAUUAUCAAAGGAUUGAAAGGGCACGUGGACAAAACAGCUUAUCAUCAAUAUGGGUGCAUGGUGCUGGUUUGCAUCCUCUCAGUUGUUGAUGACACAAAACUGAUAACAAAGGUUAUCAUUCGUGAGCUUCAGUCAGUACUAAAGGAGCUUGUUCUGGAUAAGAAUGGAAGGCGACCCUUACUCCAAUUAUUACAUCCUAAUAGUUCACGCUAUUUCAGUCCUGAUGAUCUUGCUACUCUAAGUUUAUCUAUACCUUCUCUAUCUCUGAAGGAUCAGUCAGAAGCUGGCUCUCUUACUGAAACUACGAAGGUUUCACUUGGUGAGAAUGAAUCUGAGGAAGACAUGGCAGUGGAUGAAGUUAAUAAAGAUAAGAUUUCUGUGGAUGAUUCUGACCUAGCUGAGAGUGGGAAAAAAGACCCACUUGUUAGAAGGCAGGAGCUAUUGAUCAAGAGUGGACUUGCAGAUAGUCUUCUUGAUGUAUGUAUUGAGAGCGUGGGAGAACUGCUACGGUCAAAUUUUGGCAAGGAGAUUUUGUAUGAGGUUGCAACAGGGGGUUCUGAUGGCAUAAUGCGCCCAACUUUGGAUGAUAAGAUAAAUUCUCUCCACAACGCAGUAGCUUCUCUUGCAGCAAUGCCUAAACCAGCAGAUUCACAAGAGGAGCAUGUCCUUGAAAAUUUCCAUUCUAGUCGGACCAUUAGAAAACUGAUUUUGGAUUGCCCCAACUUUGCUUCCACCUUAUGGGAAAAGGCUUUUAAAGGGAAAAGUGAGUUAUGGGCGCAUGGCCAUAGCUGCAAGAUUGUUUCAGCAUUUUUAGAAUCCCCAGAUACGAAAGUGCAAAAACUUGUUGGAAAAGAGCUCCAGCCUCUAAUUGACCGCGGAAUUCUCAAGAACCUGAAGCUUAAAGAACAAGCAAACCAAUGAUUGUCUUGUAUGGAGAAGGGGGGACUAUAUCUCAAGGGGACAGGUGUGGUACAAGAUAUCAGUAGCCAAGUUAUGAUGUGGAGGCAGUAACGAUCUACUUUUUUAUGAAUUUGUAGAAAACGAGUUAAAAGGCAAAAACUAAAAUUUUGGCCGAGAAAGCUGUUGCCGUUAUUUUGACAACCAGAAUUACUAGAUGUAUAAUGAUCUACUUUUGCAUAUUUAAUGCAGCAAUUUUGCAACCCCAGGCAAUUUUAUU